ACAUAACAUUGGAGAGAGAGAGAGAGUGACGCAAAUGUGUUGUCGAGCGGUGGGAGGGAUUAUGCUUACAUUAUCCAUUUAAUCUCUUUUCAAAGUCUAUGAGUCGUCAAUUAGGGUUAGGUAGUAGAUUUAGGUUCACUAUCAUCAUAGCCCAUCUAAAAGCGCACGGCACCGCAUCCCAACGGUCGCUCUGCACCACAACGCGCUUCUGAUGAGCAGGGUCUUCCAUUCCAGCCUGAGUCCACCAACUGCCAGUUCAGUUGAGCAAACUUUGCAGAGGAGCUUCGGAAAUCGGAGUGGAUUUCGUUGGUUUUCUAUUAUUUAAACACCUGACUAAAUUCCACUAUUUGGAGAAAAACUCGGACAUCAUCCAACAUCAAUUCAGUUGGAUUUAAAGUUAUGGCACUAUCAGUGCUGCGCAGCAGUUUGCUUUUGCUAUGUGUGACAACUAUCCAUACUUGCCAUGGUGGCGGACAGCUUUGGUCCAGCUGCUGUAUGGUCUGCCACUGGAGAAGAAGAAAAAAGUGGAGAAGGGAUGAGAGAGGAGAGAGAGAGAGAGAGGCAUGGCAUCUACUAACAUGUUCCUUCAGAACUGCAUGGACAAACACCAGUUGGUUGGUGUUCUCCGUCAGAUGGAGAAGUUUCUGAAGGGACAGGAGAUGAGGUUCACAGAGGGACUACGCAUCAUGAAGUCCAAACUGGCAACCCUACAGAACUCUGUGUCCAAGCUACCGCAGGCCGAUCAGUCGGCUGCUCCGUCCGUUUGCCCCUCCCUGGACGCCCCUGUCCACGGGAGGAAGUUUGGCUCCAAGUAUUUCAUCAGUCAUGAGGUCCAUUUUACCUGUUCCCAUGGUUACCACCUGGUGGGCCCCGAGACACGUGUGUGUCAGGAGAACGGGAGUUGGAGCGGUGUCAACACCAUCUGUAAAGAUAUGAGUGAGUGCUCCAGUAACCCAUGCCAGAACGGAGGGACCUGUGUAGAGGGAGUCAACCAGUACAGGUGCACCUGUUCACAAAGCUGGAAUGGAUCCAACUGUCAGCACCAGACACAGACGGCUCCGCCCGAGUGGAGCGUCAUGAAUGACCCGGCGUUCAGCAGACGUCCCCGCUGUGCCAAAGUGGACCGCGCCCAACACUGCAGCUGCGAUGCUGGCUUUCACAUGAGUGGGACAUCUGGCAACAGUAUCUGCCAGGAUGUAAAUGAGUGUGAGGUGUACCGGCUGGACCAGGGGGGCAAGCUGUGUGUGUACGAGUGUGUCAACAUACCAGGCUCCUACCACUGCUCCUGCCCCAGCCACUAUAAGCUGCUGCCUGAUGGUAGGAGCUGUGAGGAUGUGGAUGAGUGUCUGACCCAGCAGCACAACUGCAGUAGAGGAACAACAUGUUUCAACACUGGAGGAGGGUUCCAGUGUGUGAGCCCGGAGUGUCCCCGAUCACACGGCAACAUCAGCUACGUCAAGACGUCUCCCUUUCAGUGUGAGAGGAACCCCUGCCCUAUGGAGAGUCGUUCCUGUCACCUGGCUCCUAAGACGGUCUCCUUCCACUACCUCUCCCUCCCCUCCAACCUCCAGACCCCGGCAACCCUGUUCCGCAUGGCAACCGCAGCCGCCCCCGGCCGCCCCGGCCCCGAUAGCCUGAGAUUCGGCAUUGUCGGGGGCAACAGCCGCGGGAUGUUCGUGAUGCAAAGGUCGGACCGCCAGACGGGUGAAUUGAUCCUAGUUCAGAGGUUAAGAGGACCACAGAAUAUCAGUGUUGAUGUGGACAUGUCAGAGUAUAGUGAUCGCACCUUCCAGGCUAAGCAUGUGGCGAAGGUGCAUAUUCUGGUAUCAGCGUAUAACUUCUGAGGAGGAUGGACGGACAGAGGAACGAGUGAAAGGGACAGAGGGAGGAAGGGAGAAGAGGAACGAAGGAGGAGAGAGGGAGAAGAAUGGAGAAAAGGAGGAGGAGAG